GAUGAGGAUGAUGAAGAUGAGGAUGAAGAUGAAGAUGAGGAUGAUGAAGAUGAGGAGGAGGUGGCGCGGGCGCAGGAGCGGCUGCUGCAGGCGCUAAUGGGGCGCGUGGGGCGGGAGCUGCCCCAGCAGGAGCUGACGCGGGACUGGGACGUACUGGGAGAACUGGGAACCGGGACCUACGGACGAGUGCUGCUGGCACGGCCCCGGCACGGAGGUGCGCGGGUGGCUCUGAAGCUGCUGUCCAAGGAGCGCACGGCCAGGUGCGCGUUCCUGCGCGAGUUCUGCACUCACCUGUGCCUGCGGGGGGCGCGCACCUGUCUGCAGGUGCUGCCGCUCGCCUUCGAGACCCCCACCGAGUUCGGCUUCGCCCAGGAGCUCGCACCUGCCGGGGACCUGUGCGGGCUCCUCACACCUGGCGUGGGUCUCCCGGAGCCCCAGGUGAAGCGCUGCGCCGCCCAGGUGUCGUCAGCCCUGGCUUACCUGCACGGCCACGCCCUGGUUCACCGCGACCUGAAGCUGGACAACGUCCUGACCUUUGACCCCGAGUGUCACCUGGUCAAGCUGGGCGACUUCGGCCUGACGCGGGUCCAGGGCUGGCAGGUGCGGCCCGCGCCGGGCGCCGCUCCCUACGCCGCACCUGAGCUGUGUCACCUGCGCUCAGGUGAGCUCCGCCUGCGGCCCGCGCUGGACACCUGGGCCUUCGGCGUUCUGCUCUUCGCGCUCCUCACCGGUUCCUUCCCCUGGGCCUCACCUGAGCGCUCCGACCCCGCCUUCCGCCGCUUCUGCACCUGGCACGGCCGCACCUGCCCAGGCCCUGGGCAGGUGAGGGGGGACAGGUGA